AUGUCGGACGCCGAAGACAAGGCCGUCCCCAUCGGUGGUGGCCACGCCGUCCCAACACGCGAAUCUCAGGAUGAGAAGGCUGAGAUCCUGGUGCAGGAGGAGGAGAUCCUCGACCUUUUCAAGCCACUGCCUCCUCUAGAGGGCGUGCUUGACGAGCCAAAUCCCCUCACGUUCCGAGCUGUCAUUGUUGGUAUCCUUCUCGGAUCGCUUGUCAACGCAUCCAAUGUCUAUCUCGGUCUCAAAACCGGCUUCACCUUCGGCGCCUCCAUGAUGGGCGCCAUUUUCGGGUUCGGCGCUGUCAAGAUCCUCCAGAAAGUUGCCCCAGGUAUUCCCUUUGUCGGUCUUGAGCAUUUCGGCCCGCAAGAAAACUCCAUCAUCCAGGCAGCCGCUACGGGUGCUGGUGGCAUGAGCGGCCUCUUCGUGGCAGCAUUGCCAGCCAUGUACCAGCUGCACCUCAUGUCCGAAAACCCCAAGGAUGAUUUCAAGAGAAUCCUCACCCUGACUCUUGUGUGCUCUACCUUCGGUCUUUUCUUUGCCGUGCCCCUGCGAAAGUUCUUCAUCGUCAAUGUGGCGCGGGAGCUGCGUCUCAUCUUCCCCUCUCCCACCGCCACUGCUGUAGCCAUCCGAUCUAUGCAUGCAGUUGGGACUGGUGCGGCCGAGGCAAUGAAGAAGAUCAAGGCUCUGGGCAUUGCAUUCGCUGUUGCCCUCAUCCAGCGUGUCGCGUCAUACUAUGCCAUUGGUAUCCUGUAUGACUGGCACAUCUUCACCUGGUUCUUCAUCUGGGGCAACUACAACAAUUGGGCCCUAAAUAUCGAGAACUGGGGCUGGAUGAUCGAGUGGACACCUGCUUUCAUUGGUAGUGGUAUGCUCGUCGGUAUCAAUACUGGUGUCUCCAUGUUCCUGGGCAGUUUCUUCGCAUGGGGUUUCCUUGGUCCUAUUCUGGUCCACUACAACAUUUGCAUUGGCAAGAAGCUCCUCCCUGAUGAUCCAAAAUGGGAUGGCUAUGUUAGCUUCUACUCCCUGUCCAACAUUGGCAAGGAGGGCUGGGUGCCUUCUCCACGUUAUUGGUUCCUAUGGCCAGGUGUCAUGGUCCUUAUCUGCUACUCCAUGGCGGAAUUCUUCGUGCACUGGAAGGUUUUGUAUUACGGCCUGAAGUAUGCCUGGCACAGCUCAGCUGCCGGUAUCAACGAGUUCAUCGCCAAGCGCCGCCAGGGUAACGGCGUCGCAUUCCUUGAGAAGCAGGGCCGCGGCAAGCUCGACGAGGACAAUCUUGUAGAGGACUUUGCGACCCCAGAUCAGCAGGUUCCCACUCUGCUCUGGACCAUUGGUGUUGUCAUUGUUGUCGUCGCUACUUGCAUCAUUGGCGAGUUGCAGUUCGACAUGAACGCCGGUCUCGCGAUCCUCGCCUCUAUCUUCGCCGUCAUCUUUGCCUUCCUUAGCAUCCACGGAGCUGGUGUCACCGACAUCACCCCCUUGACUGCUUCAGCCAAGGCAUCUCAGCUUGUCUUCGGUGGUAUCACAACUGGCCAGGGCCUCAGUGUCACGGAUGCGCAGACCGUCAAUCUGAUUGCGGGCGGUAUUGCCUCUGGUGGUGCCGACAUGUCUUGCUCACUCGUCAGCGAUUUCCGUGUCGGCUUCCUGCUUAGGACCCCCCCUAAGCUGCAAUUCUUUGCGCAGGCAGUGGGCACUCUCGUUGCUAUGUUCUUGGCUCCAGGUAUCUUCGUGCUCUUCAUGGCUGCCUACCCCUGCGUCAUCAACCCAGAUGACUAUGAUCACUGUGCAUUCUCUGCACCUUCAGUCAGCGCAUGGCGCGCGGUUGCUGAGGCUGUUACCAACCCGAACGUCCCCAUCCCGCUGAGCUCUGGCAUCUUCGCCAUUGUUCUUGGUGUCGUGGCCAUCGGCCAGGUCAUUCUGAAGCGCAUGGUACUCUUUGGGGACCGCGAGAAGUACCGCAUCUGGCUCCCCAACUGGAUGGCCAUUGGCGUUGCCUUUGUUAUCCCCCAGACAGUUUACUCCACUGCCACCCUCACCGGCGCCCUCAUUGCCCACUUCUGGGUCAAGCGCUGGCCAGCCAACUUCGACCGGUACUGCUUCGCUAUUGCAGCGGGACUUAUCGCCGGCGAGGGUCUUGGUGGUGUCGUCGGCGCCGCGUUGCAGCUUGGCGGUGUCAGCGGCGACGUGUACGGCACACAGAUUGCAUGCCCGGCUGACUCUUGUUAG